UUAUAUAUAAUUAUACUAGUGCUUGUACCAUAUUCAUGGUAAACAAAUAUUUAUUAUAUUAUAAAUAUUCCAUAAUAUUUGAAAACAAAAAUUAGAUUUAUUUAUAUUGAUUGUUGUACACCUGUAUCAUAACGGCAUAAACUGAAGUUUCCGAUCAAUUUUCAUACCUGCCGCGUGUUAGUUACGGAGAACCAUAUAUUAAUAUUUUUUUAACUAUUUAUUUUUAAAUGAUUUAUGCGUUCAAAUUUCAUCUAUAGUGUGCAUAUAAAUGUUAUAAUAUAAUAAAAAGAAUUAAUUGUAAUGUAAUACAGCAUACAAUUAUAAUUUUCAUAGAAAUAUAAAAAAUAUGAAAUUAUACUUAUAUCUGUAAUGUGUUCAAGAACUCACUGCAUAAAUAAUUUAAUGCAUUCGAUUAGUGAGGGAGAGUCAAUGAUAUCAAUAUAAACACUAACCAAACAAAUUUUAAGAAUCGCAGAUGAAGAUUUACAUAACCUCUAAGAAAUUUUAAUUCGAAGAAACAGAUACGAAGAAUGAAAUAAAACAUAUUUCUGCUAAUAAGACAUAAUAAAAGGGAUGAUAUAGAAUUAAUUCAUAUUAUUGCACAAUUCAUUCAGUGGUAGGAAACAUUAGAGGGCAACAAUUCACAAAAGAUUUUAUUUAUUUUUCAAAUAAAAUAUUUCCAAAAAUGUGUGGUUUAUUUGCUUCAGCACCAUGAUGUAAUAUGUUUAUUGUAAAACACUUCACACAAAAUACUAAUAAAAUGUAAGCAGCAUUAUUUGCAAAUAUUUAUUAAAAGGAAACAAAAUGUAAUUAUAUUAGAAGAUAACAUAUAUAAAUACCUCGAAUGUAGUUCAAUAAUUUUAAAAAUCAAAAUUCUAAUGAAAAAGAUUCCAUUACUAUAAAGUCUUAAUUAGACUCGCAAUUCAACUGAAAAUAAAGUGAAACAUGGAAUUGCAAACUGCAUUAACAAAGAAUAAAAAGAAAAGACAAAAUGAAACGAAUCUACGACCGCUCGUAAAUAAAACUAACUACAAAACUAAUUUUCAAGAUAGCGACAAUGAGCAUUCGUUUUCUAAUAACGCAAAUAUCACAGAAGAUAUGGAAGAUUCUUUCUCAAUAUUCAAUAGAGAUACGUCCAAAUUAUUCACUAAUACAGACUCUAUGAAUUCAUCGGAAUUUGCAUCGAAAUCAGUGGACGUUAUCGUUGAUAUUCAUCAAGAAUAUAAAGAAGAAAAAUCACAUGAUAAUAACAUCGAACAUGAUGGAGCAUCAAAUAAGAAAAAUUUAUUUCUGAAGGAAUUCGGAAAUGUGAAAGCAUUUUCGACAACAAAUAUUUUUCACGAGAAGAUCGAGAAAUCAAAAACAAAUUCAAAACAUGAAAAUCUUACAAGAUACAAUGAUGAUAUAAAAGUCGUAGAUUCAUUAGAUUUGAUAGAAGAAUUUGGAGAAUCUCCGAUCGCUAAAAAAAAUGGAAACGAGAUUCAAUCGGUGAAUAACAAUAAAUUAAGCGAUAAAUUAAGUAAAAAGAAUAUUAAUCAAUCGUCUGUCGAGGGAAAGUUACAUGGCAGAAAACAAUGGAUUACGCCGAAAUAUGAGAAAGAAGAAGUAAAGAAACCAACGAGAAAACGAUGGUCGAAAGAUAACACCGUAAUUCGAUUACCAGAGACUAGGAAUACUUCUUGGACGAUUGUAUCUUCAGAAAGUGCAUCUUCAUUUGUUCAACGUUCCGAAAAACCACUACCAGCAACUAGAUCCUUCUUAAAGAAAUCGUUGUUCGGGUUUGAUAAUGAGGCCUUCGAUUCGGAAGAAAUUCUCACGAUUGAAACUGAUCAUAAUCGAAGCAACCCAAAAAUCAGGAUGAAGAGAAUGAUUCACGAUCCACAACAAAUGGAGCUUUCUACUUUCGAUAGUCGAAGCAUUCGAGAUUCGUUGAGCGAAGAAAAUAAGAGUUUCAAGGAAACAGCGAUUGCGACCGAAGAUUUGAAGGAGCCUGCAAAUUUGGACAGUGAAACGUCUGAGAAUCGAAAGAAGAAUGCAAUAUUAGAUGUUGAACGUAUUGAUAAGUUUAACCGCGGUGAUAUAUCUUUGAAAGAUAGAAGGAAUCGUGGAUUAAGAAAUAAGAGAAGUUACGUAGAAAAGAGUAACAAAAAUACUUCUAAUAGUUCGAAUAGUUCUCAGAGCUUGGAGGAAAUCACUGCGCAAUCGGAUGACGAUUCUAAGGAAGUAUCGAUAAAAGAUGAUCGAUUUUUGAUAAGAAAUGGUCGAAAGCAUUCCGUUAACAGUCGAAGGCAUUCAAAGGAAAAUUCACUACCUGUUACUGAAGAUGAUCUUGAUGAAGAUCGUUUAAAACAUUCUAGUCAAUAUUCGGUGACUACUUCCGAAAACGAUGAUUUUGACGAAAAUCGCGCUAAAGAAACUAACGAUGAAGCUAAGUUAAAAAGGUCUAAAACAAAGAAAAAGAAAUCGAAAUUUAUAGAACAUCGGUUGCAGAAAAAAGACAAAGAAAAGAGGCUUUCUAAAAAUUUGACGCCGAGUGUCAAUGUCAAAGAAAGUUCAAAAAGGAAGAAAAAGAGGAAGAAGAAAGACGAUAUAAAGUAUAUAUCCGUAACGAUUCAUAGAACAGAUAUGUUGGAGAUUGAUUACGUGACGAAACAUCCUAUGGUAAAGGUUCAUAUAGUAAAGGCUGAAAAUGGGAAGUAUUUGAAAAAUGAACAUGGUGCGUGUACGUAUUUGCAGCCUGUUAUAACUGGGAAGUUUGACUUCAAAGAGAAUAAGUCUAUAGUUCCGGUAUGGGAGGAAGAACUUAUCUUCGAACAUGAUUUCAAAGAGCUUUUGAAAAUUGAUAAUGAACAGGUUGUGAUACUUUUUGAAAUCGUAGAUCUUUUGAGUUUUGCCGAGGCCAGCUUCAAUUAUGAUAAAUUUGGUCAUGAAGGUUGUUGGUACAAGGUUGCAUGGGCUUUUUUAAAGCCUGUAGGACGAAACCAAGUGUUACAUAUUAACAAAAAAGUCAGAUUACAACUGUAUAAACCUCGAAAGAAUUCGCAAAAAUUUGAUAGAUUUCAUACGUGUGAAGUGUAUACAUGGUGGAAAUCGAACGUCCGAGAAAAGUAUCCUAGCAGUUUAUUUGUUACCGCAAAAUCCAUCGACCAGCCUAAAUUAGAACCUGUUCUUUAUCGGCAAUUAUCGUUAUAUGAUUUAUCCAACACACGUAACGAAUCACAUGGGAUGUCUGUUCAUACUUCAAACGCUAUAAACUUGCCAAAAUGGACUAGAUUAGCCUCACAGUCAUGUAAAAUACCAAAUGAAAUUUUCUUCGAAACGGAUAUUGGCGAAAAUGGAUGUUUUUACAUUGCUUUUAGUAACGAUGGCAAAUAUUUGGCUUGUUGCUUUUCCGAAGAGCGCGACUAUCCCAUUGUCGUCUAUGAGGUUGAAGCAAAGAAGAUCUACGUACGGUUUUCAGGACAUAAAACUUUCGUUUACUCCCUCAACUGGUCCAACAAUGAUAAUUAUUUGCUUUCUGUUUCAUCUGAUCAAACUGCUCGUAUUUGGGAUGUACAGAAUCGAAUUGUAGAACAUAUACAAAUGAUGCCUCAUCCAUCCUACGUGUACUGUGGCAAAUUUGAUCCCGAUAUUUCUUCGAUAGUAGUAACCGGUUGUUACGAUCGCAUAGCACGUAUUUGGAUAGAAGAUAAGAAGUCGAAAAAUUGGGAUCUUAGUCAAGAAUUAGGGGGUCACGAAGGAUUUAUAAAUUCUAUGUAUUUCCAGAAGAAUAGUAACUUAUUAACAGGAGAUAGUGUCGGAAUAAUAAUCAUAUGGGUGUUGAAAAAGAGUCGAAAAAUAUCAUCCAUGAAGGAAUGGCACAUAUCACGAAAGAUAAAGGUCAGAGAAAUUGACGGUAUAAUAAUUAACACAAUUAUUUUACAUCCCUUGGAGUCCAGACUUCUCGUUCAUUCAAGGAACAAUGGGUUAAGAAUGUUAGAUCUCGCAACUGGAGUAGUAUUGCAAAAGUAUAAUGAAUUGAAUAAUCAAAGAAUACAAUCAACAGCUUGUAUUUCUCCAUGUGGCAAUUUGAUCUUUUGCGGUGGCGAAGAUUCAUCUUUGAACGUGUGGAAUUUAGAAACCGGGAAUCUUCUUGCAAAAUAUACGUUUGAUCGACAUUAUCGAGCAGUGACUUGUGUAGAUUAUCAUCCAUACGAUCACAUAUUAGCUUUUUCGACUUUUGGUAGUCCUGCUUCGGUGAGAAUUUUAACAUUUAAUAAAGAUGCUACGGGUGAAGAUAUAGGAUUAAAAAUGAUGAGAGAGACUGAAAACACAGUGAAUAAUAGCGAUGUUCCCAUGAGAUUCCUAAAGACAUCCGUAAUGCCCAAAGAAAAAUUAAGAUCGAAUACUUCAAAGAAAGUAAUCGAAGAGACUUUGCAUACGAAAGAAACAAGCUUACAAUUUAAUCAAAGCCAUAAUUCUAGUCUUCUUAAGUUCUCUGAUAGUGUUUUCGAAAAAGAUAAAUACAGCGAUAUAAUGUACUAUGAUACAAAGAUGAAACUUCAACGAUUAAAUGAAACUGGACAAACGAUGAAAAGUCGCAGUGCGAAUCGUUUAUAUAAUAUUAUUGAAAAGAUUGAUAGAAUUUUAUCAAAUUCAUCAAAAUCGUCAGGUGAUAUUGAAUCUGGGAGGAAUUUUACCCUCCUCCAACAAUCAAGUGAGAAUAAAGUCUUAACGUUUUUAAAUGAAAACAUAGAAAAACAGAAGAAGAAACUGAAAAAAAAUAAGUCUGCGUAUUUAACUAUCGAAGAUCAAUCCAGUUCUUAUUUUGAAUCAAAUACAACAAGUAGUGAUAAACCGAAAGUUGUCGAAUGUUAUACGUUACAAAGUGAAAGAACAAAUGAUCGGAAUAGGAAGGAGAGAUCGAGAAGCGCGAAGGAAAUGAGAAACAGUAAUAUAUCUAAGGAUGACACAACGAAAACUUUUUCCGAUAGCGCCACAAAUUAUCAGAAGAUUAAAGUAUAUGACGAAAUCACUAAAACUCUAUUACAAGAAAAUAUCGAACCGGAUUUCGCUAUUGAAAUGGAAGAAAAUAAUACAAAGUCAAUAACUUAUAAGAAUAAUUGUCUUAGAAAGGACGAUUCCGAUUCGACUGAUAGUGCUGGAACAUAUAUCGUAGAAAAGAAUGAUGUGAAAGGUAGUGAUAAGGAUUCGACGAAAAUGUUUGAAAAUAGAAAUAUAGAUUUAGAUGAUACAGAAAACGAUUCGAAUAUAAAAGAUUCCAGAAGCGGUAGUUCAGUACUUAGCAACGCGACUUUUACUAUUGAGAAUGAAAUCCCUAUAUCAACACCAAAGAGAACCGCGGUCUCUCGGAUAGUACAGUCAUUGAUUAAGAUUAUGACUUUGAAGAUGCUGAAACUAAUAUCGAAACUGAAGAUACUGCCCAAUUACAAAAUACUUAAAAUUUUCUCGCGAUUAUCUGCAAUUAUGUAAAAAGAACUAUAUAAAUUUAUUAUUUCAUUGAUAUUUAACUAAUUAAAAUGUAAAAUAUUCUUUACGAAAUCCGUAAAUAAAGAGUUCAUUUUGAUGAACAAAAGUAUUA